CCAGAAACAACUCCGCUCCAGAGAGAGUAAAGACGCAAAGAUGAAGGUGUCAUACGUGGCAGCUUUCCUCAUAGGACUCCUCUCCCUGGAGAGCGCCAGAGCAGCUCCAUUGAAAAACCAGUUGUGGUCGGUGGAGUCUGGAAGUGUAAACACCGGCAACGUGGGUGACGGCAGCUUUGACGACAACAGCCAAAACAACCAGUUCUGGUCAGUGAAGUCUGGAAGUGUAAAGACCGGCAAUGUUGGAGACGGCAGCUUUGACGACAACAGCAAAAACAACCAGUUCUGGUCAGUGGACUCCGGAAGCGUAAACACCGGCAACGUGGGUGACGGCAGCUUUGACGACAACAGCAAAAACAACCAGUUCUGGUCAGUGGACUCCGGAAGCGUAAACACCGGCAACGUGGGUGACGGCAGCUUUGACGACAACAGCAAAAACAACCAGUUCUGGUCAGUGGACUCUGGAAGUGUAAACACUGGCAACGUGGGCGAUGGCAGUUUUGACGACAACAGCAAAAACAACCAGUUCUGGUCAGUGGACUCCGGAAGCGUAAACACCGGCAACGUGGGCGACGGCAGCUUUGACGACAACAGCAAAAACAACCAAUUCUGGUCAGUGGACUCCGGAAGUGUAAACACCGGCAACGUGGGUGACGGCAGCUUUGACGACAACAGCAAAAACAACCAGUUCUGGUCAGUGGACUCCGGAAGCGUAAACACCGGCAACGUGGGUGACGGCAGCUUUGACGACAACAGCAAAAACAACCAGUUCUGGUCAGUGGACUCCGGAAGCGUAAACACCGGCAACGUGGGCGACGGCAGCUUUGACGACAACAGCAAAAACAACCAAUUCUGGUCAGUGGACUCCGGAAGUGUAAACACCGGCAACGUGGGUGACGGCAGCUUUGACGACAACAGCAAAAACAACCAGUUCUGGUCAGUGGACUCCGGAAGCGUAAACACCGGCAACGUGGGCGACGGCAGCUUUGACGACAACAGCAAAAACAACCAAUUCUGGUCAGUGGACUCCGGAAGUGUAAACACCGGCAACGUGGGUGACGGCAGCUUUGACGACAACAGCAAAAACAACCAAUUCUAGUCAGCGCACGAGGCUCCCAGAAACCCACCACGACAACAGCCCUGAUGCUUUCUGUCCCGUGCUCUCACCCAUCUCAGCCUGACCAUGAGUAAAGCAGCACUCUCCAGUG